UCCGCCUUCCUUCUAUCAUUCCCACAAGGCAGCAGGAGCAGAGAGCAGCCAUUGCUGUGUCUGGCAGCAGGCACUCCAGCUGUCUUUAUUGCAAUUUGCAUUUUCUGUAUUCUCUCUGAAUCACUGAGGAUGGACUCAGACAAGAGUCACAAGACUAAGAGGAUAAUAAAAAUCACCCUGAAGAUCAUCUACCUGCUGACUGGGGAGGAUUACACAGUAGUGAAGACAUCCAAUGAGUGUAAGACACCCAGCAGCUGUCCCCUUGUGUCAGGAGGACUGAGCAGGAUUCAGAACCCCAUCACGGUGCCUCCUCACUCACUGAUACAUGAGAGACACAAUGACCAGAAGAUCCUGGAACUCGCCAAAAAGAUAAUUCAGCUGCUGACUGGAGAGGAGGGGGAGUAUAUAGAGGAACACAGGGGUCUGUACAAAGACGUGAUUAUGGAGAAUCACCGGCCCCUCACAUCACUGGAUGGGCCCAGUAACAGAGAUACCCAAGAGAGAUGUCCCCGUCCUCUGUAUUCCAAGGACUGUACAGAGGAGAAUCACAGGAUCCCACAGGAGGAUCAGGUACAAGGUCUGUCAGAUAUAAAGGCAGAAGAUAUAGAGGGAGAAGAAGAGACGUGUGUGACUGAUAUAAAGGCAGAAGAUAUAGAGGGAGAAGAAGAGACGUAUGUGACUGAUAUAAAGGCAGAACAUAUAGAGGGAGAAGAAGAGACAUAUGUGACUGAUAUAAAGGCAGAAGAUAUAGAAGGAGAAGAAGAGACGUAUGUGAGAGGUGAUCAGAAGUGUAAGGAGGAGAAAAUCCCUACAUAUAUCAGCACAGAUGGACACACAAGCAGGAAUAUCUCAGAAGGACAUCUAAUGUUAUCCCCGUAUUGUGAAACAAAUGAUGACAGUAGACAGUAUUCUCCAGGAGAUAACCCCAUUACCCCAAUUAUACAUCCAGCUCUAUCAGCUGAUCCCUCUGAUCCUGGGAAAUGUUCUUCUGAUCACUCUGAUAUUGGUGCAUCUGUUACAGCUCUGAGAGUAGAUACAGAGUUUCCCUGUUCUAUAGAUGCCAAAUAUUUUACACAGAACACAAAGCCUAUUAUCCAUCAGACAGCUAAGGCAGGUGAGAGGCCAUUCCCAUGUUCUGAGUGUGGGAAAUGUUUUACAUACAAAUCACAUCUUGUUAAACAUCAGAGAUGUCACACAGGUGAGAAACCAUUUCCAUGUUCUGAGUGUGCGAAAUGUUUUGCACAUAAAUCAGAUCUUGUUACACAUCGGAGAAGUCACACAGGUGCGAAACUAUUUUCAUGUUCUGAGUGUAGGAAAUGUUAUGCACAUAAAUCAGAUCUUGUUACACAUCGGAGAAGUCACAAAGGUGCGAAACCAUUUUCAUGUUCUGAGUGUCAGAAAUGUUUUACACAGCAAUCAAAUCUGAUUACACAUCAGAGAAGUCACACAGUUGAGAAACCAUUUCCAUGUUCUGAGUGUGGAAAAUGUUUUACACUGAAAUCAAGUCUUGUUAUACAUCAGAGAAGUCAUACAGGUGAGAAACCAUUUCCAUGUUCUGAAUGUGGGAAAUGUUUUACACUGAAAUCAAAUCUUGUUACACAUCAGAGAAGUCACACAGGUGAGAAACCAUUUUCCUGUUCUGAAUGUGGGAAAUGUUUUGCACAUAAAUCACAUCUUGUUCCACAUCAGAGAUGUCACACAGGUGAGAAACCAUUUUCAUGUCCUGAGUGUCGGAAAUGUUUUACACAGCAAUCAAAUCUGAUUACACAUCAGAGAAGUCACACGGGUGAGAAACCAUUUCCAUGCUCUGAGUGUGGAAAAUGUUUUACACUGAAAUCAAAUCUUGUUACACAUCAGAGAAGCCACACAGGUGAGAAACCAUUUUCAUGUUCUGAAUGUGGGAAUUGUUUUACACUGAAAUCAAAUCUUGUUACACAUCAGAGAAGUCACACAAGUUAGAGGUCAUAUCCAUGCUCUGAGUGUGAGAAGUAAAUCAGCUCUGUUUCACACAAUAGACCUCACACAGGUGAGGAUCCUUUUUAAUCUCAUCACCAUUGCCAUGCAAGAAUCUCCAGUAAUUAAUUUGAGGAUGAUAUUUUAGCAUUGUAGCCCUGACCAUGGAACCUGCUGCCUCGCACAGUCCAAGAGACCUCCACAAACAGACUGAUGACUGUGACUCACUCGUUUCAUUAAUGUUCCUUCACUUCUUAAAUAAUACAUCCAACAUGCUGAGGUCUU